AUGGCAAGGCAAGAAAGGAAAACUAUAGUCGUCGUCGGAGCGGGAGUUCUUGGUCUCUCCUCGGCGCUCACUUUGCUGAAAACACUCCCUUCCUCUAAAUAUCCGAUACUUCUUGUAGCGUCCUACUUUUCAUUCGAUGGCCCGCACCCGUCUUAUCCAAGCACAGCAGCAGGUGCUCAUUAUCGACCUAUCCCGGCAACUACUCCCCAAUUAAAAUAUGAGGCCGGUCUUGCCAAGAUAACAUGCGAUCGGUUUAAGAAGCUUGCGUCGGAGCAUCCCGAAUAUGGCAUCAAAUUCAUGGAAGGCAUUGAAUAUAUCUCGGGCGAAGUUGCACCAGUAUACAAGGCGUUACCCCCUGAAUAUACCCAGCUAGAUGGAUUUCGUGUGCUCAAUGAUGAUGAAAAGCCCCCUGGGGUUGACUUUGGAGCCAGAUAUGAAACAUAUACCAUUGAUCCAGAAAUAUAUCUAGCUCACUUAUUACGACGAUAUAGACUUGAUGGCGGCGAAAUAAAGAGAAUGGAGUUGGCAUCUUUGCAGGAGGCGUUCGAGAUCGAUGGAUAUGACGUAGCUAUGGUUGUUAAUUGCAGUGGGAUGGGAUUUGGCGACCCGGAUAGCUUUAUUAUCCGCGGACAAACUUGCCUCGUCGCGAACACGUGCGAUAAGACUAUAACGCGACAAGAUGCUGACGGAUGGAGCUUUCUUAUCCCUCGUCCCUUAGAGGGUGGCACUAUAGUGGGCGGAACCAAGCAGCCAAACGAUUGGAGCUCUGUACCGACAGCACGCAUACGAGAAACUUUGCUCGAGAAAGCUGCCAAGUUGUAUCCCGCCAUAUUAAACGCUCAAGGGAAGUUUGAUGUGAUACGGGACAUUGUUGGUCGUCGUCCAGCUCGAGAGGGAGGUCUCCGACUUGAAGUCGAGACACUUCCGAAAACUGCAUCCCCAAAGCGGACCGUAGUGCAUGCUUACGGGGCCGGGGGGCGGGGAUAUGAGCUUAGCUGGGGAAUCGCGGAGGAAGUGGUAAGAAUGGUGAAGGACAAUCUUCCGGAGAGGCUUCAUAGUCGACUAUAAUGUCCAAAUAGUCCCUCCCAUUAAAAACCAUAUACGA